GCGAGGAGGAAUCUCACCUCUGUUUUGUGUGCUUAUUUCACCGCGGACGCACGGAUAAUACCUCACCACGGCUGGGAAGAUGGUUUUUCUGUUGCAUGUGGUUACCCUUUAUUCUCUGAGCGUCUUCAGCGGAGCCUCAGCCGCUGCUCACUAUAAUUGCAAUGGUCCUCUGGUAUCUGCGUUACCCCAGUCAUCCUUUCAAAGCUCCUCUCAGUCCUCAGCAAGCUAUGCUGCUUUCAAUGCCAAGCUCAACAGAAGAGACGGAGCAGGAGGCUGGUCUCCCAUGGUGACUGACCAGGAGCCCUGGAUCCAGGUGGACCUAAGGGAGCAGAUGGAGGUGACGGCGGUGGCCACACAGGGACGGUAUGACAGCUGGGACUGGGUCAGCAGUUAUCAGCUGCUCUACAGUGACACGGGCCGAGUGUGGAAACAGUACAGGCACGAGGACGGAGUCGGGAGAUUUGUGGGAAAUGUGAAUUCAGAAGCCGUUGUCCAGAACAAGCUCUCCCACCCGGUGAGGACGCGUUUCCUGCGUUUCGUCCCUCUGGACUGGAACCCCAGCGGCUGGAUGGGUCUACGACUGGAGGUGUAUGGCUGCUCCUACAAGUCUUAUGUAGCAGACUUUGAUGGCAGAAGCUCAUUGCUGUAUCGGUUCAACCAGAAGUCCAUGUCGACAGUGAAGGACGUGAUCUCUCUGCGCUUUAAGAGUCAUCAGGCUGAAGGUGUUCUUCUUCAUGGAGAGGGCCAAAGAGGAGACUACAUCACCCUUGAGCUUCAUCGAGGGCGACUGGACCUCUACCUCAACCUAGACGACAACAGGCUGAGGUUCAGCAGCAGUCGUGUGGCUGUCACUGUGGGCAGUCUGCUGGACGACCAGCACUGGCACUCUGUCCACAUCGAGCGCUUUAACAAGCAGGUUAACCUCACAGUGGACGCCCACACGCAGCACUUCCAAACCAAAGGAGACGGACACUCGCUGGAGGUGGACUAUGAGCUAAGCUUCGGAGGCAUCCCACUGCCUGGUAAACCCGGCACCUUUCUGAGGAAGAACUUCCACGGCUGCAUGGAAAACCUCUACUACAACGGAAUCAAUAUUAUUGACCUGGCCAAGAGACGCAAGCCUCAAAUACACAGCGUGGGCAAUGUGACCUUCUCGUGCUCACAGCCCCAGCUGGUGGCCUGCACCUUUCUGAGCUCCAGCAGCAGCUUCCUGUCGCUGCCGUCAGCAGCGUCUGCCACUGGGGGGUUCUCCGCCCGCCUCCAGUUCAGGACGUGGAACCCGGACGGGCUGCUGCUCUCCGUACAGCUGGAGCCCGAGCCCCAGAGAUUGGCGCUGCAGAUCAGCAACAGCCGGCUGCACCUGACCCUCCACGGCUCUGGCCGACAGAAAUCAGAGGUCUCUGCUGGUCACAGAGUGAACGAUGGGCUGUGGCACUCGGUGAACCUCAGCAUGAAGAGUCUGCAGAUCAGUGUGACCGUGGAUGGAGAGCCUUCAUCGACAAUCGAGCUGUGGGAACAGCUGGGAACAAGAGGAAACGUCUACAUCGGAGGAUGUCCCUCCAUGGCCUGUCAGCGCCUGACUCCGGCCUUCCAGGGAUGCAUGCGGCUCAUUUUCAUCAACGGCCAGUCGCUGAAUCUCAGUCAUGUACAGCAAGGGCUGCUGGGAAGUUAUAACGAGCUCCAGUUUGACACCUGCAAUAUACGAGACAGAUGUCUCCCUAAUCUGUGUGAACACGGAGGUCGUUGCUCUCAGACGUGGAGCUCCUUCUCCUGUGACUGUUCAGGGACAGGAUACUCCGGAGCGACCUGUCAUAACUCCAUCUACGAGUCCUCCUGUGAGGCCUACAAGCUGAUUGGCAGCUCCUCGGGCUUCUUCUCCAUUGAUCCAGAUGGGAGCGGUCCUCUGGGACCCACACAAGUAUACUGCAACAUGACAGAGGAAAAGGUGUGGACAGUGUUGACACACAACAGCACAGCUCCAGUCACAGUGCAGGGCUCCUCUAUUCAUAAACCUCACAUCAUGAUGCUCAACUACAGCGCCUCAGCUGAGCAGCUUCGUGCCAUCGUAUCUGGGUCGGAGCAGUGCCAGCAGGAAGUGGUUUACAACUGCAAGAAAUCACAUCUCUUUAACACAAGAGACGGCAGCCCACUGUCCUGGUGGCUGGACCGGGAAGGAGAGAAACGGAGCUACUGGGGAGGCUUCCUCCCCGGGGUCCAGCAGUGUUCCUGCAGCCUGGAGGAGAACUGCAUCGACAUGAACUACUUCUGCAACUGUGACGCUGAUUCAGAUGCAUGGGCUAAUGACACAGGAAUCCUCUCCUAUAAAGACCACCUACCAGUAAGCCAGAUCGUGAUCGGAGACACCAACAGGACGGGCUCGCAGGCUGUCUACCACAUCGGUCCUCUUCGUUGUUAUGGAGACAAAUCGAUUUGGAACGCGGCGUCUUUCUACCAAGAGUCCUCCUACCUCUACUUCCCCACGCUGCAGGCUGAGCUCGCCUCUGACAUCUCCUUCUACUUCAAGACGAGCGCUCCUUCAGGGGUGUUCCUGGAGAAUCUCGGCCUGAAGGAUUUCAUCCGAGUGGAGCUCAGCUCUCCCUCUGUGGUGACGUUCUCCUUUGAUGUGGGAAACGGUCCGGUGCUUCUGUCCGUGAAGUCCCACCUCCCCCUGAAUGACAGACAGUGGCACUACGUGAGGGCAGAGCGCAACGUGAAGGAGGCGUCCCUACAGGUCGACCAGCUCCCCCUCCGCUUCCUGGAGGCUCCGGCUGAUGGACACCCCCGCUUACGGCUCAGCAGCCAGCUGUUUGUAGGAGGAACUGCAUCCCAGCAGAGAGGCUUCCUUGGCUGCAUCAGGACUCUAACCAUCAACGGCGUGAGCUUCGACCUGGAGGAGAGGGCCAAGAUGACGCCAGGCGUGAGCUCCGGUUGUCCCGGUUACUGCAGCGGCUCCAGCAGCCUCUGCCACAACAGAGGGAGGUGCAUCGAGAAGAGCAACGGCUACGUAUGUGACUGCUCCCAGUCAGCGUACGGGGGAACUACCUGUGACCAAGAGGUGUCGGUGUCCUUCGACUCGGAGUCCUCGGUGACCUACACCUUCCAGGAGCCGUUCUCAGUGAUGCAGAACAGAAGCUCGCAGGCCUCCAGUGUUUCCACAGAGAGCAGCAGCAGAGCCAGAGAGGACGUGGCCUUCAGCUUCGUCACCUCCCAGCGACCCGCCAUGCUGCUGACUGUCAGCACCUUCAGCCAGCAAUAUAUCGCUGUCAUCCUGGCAAAGAACGGGACUCUGCAGAUCUGGUAUCACCUUCAGACGGACAGGAGUCCGGACGUUUUCAGCCCCGCCCUCGGUAACCUGGCAGACGGACGACUCCAUCGAGUCAGGAUACACCGAGUGGGAAAAAACCUCUAUGUGCAGAUCGACCAGGACAUCCACACAAAGUACACACUGUCAUCCGAUGCAGAGCUGAUCUUAAUCAGAUCCCUGACAUUGGGCAAAGUCACCAGAGGGGAGAACUUCAACGAUGAAGUGAUGAGGGCCGCUUCCAAGGGUUUCGUCGGCUGCCUCUCUUCGGUCCAGUUCAAUCAUGUGGCGCCGCUGAAGGCAGCGCUGACCAAUCGAGGGAGUUCACUGGUCACCAUCCGGGGUCCUCUAGUCCAAUCAAACUGUGGCGCUCUGGCAGAGUCCACCUCACAUACACUGCAAGAUCAAACAGCAACAGCAAACAAAGAUAAGGAGCAGCAUCAGAGCGGCAGCCAAAAGGACUUGGCUGUUAUAGCAGGUGUGGUCACAGCGGUGGUCUUCAUCGCCGUGUGCGCUCUGGCUGUGAUAAGCCGCCUCCUCUACCAGCAGCGGCGGGCCCAGCGGAGCGGCAGCAGUGGCAUCAAAGAGGAGAACAGACACACCAUGUACACGGACUACAGGACAGAGCUGCACCUCCACAACUCAGUCAGAGACAACAUGAAGGAGUACUACAUCUGACUGCUGCGUGCUCUCUGUGGACCUGACAGCCACAAACUUACCUCUCUCUCAUAUAAAAGGACGAACGGGUGGACGUGCAGCUGUGGGAUUUCUCACUACAAAAUCAUUUCUGUGCCCUGGACGCUUCUCAGGAACACUGAUAAAAACCUGCAGCUUGUCGUCCACUCCUGUGAUGCUCCAGUACAAGCGCGUGGCUGGAUCUUUGCAGCUGUUAGUGUAUUUGAUGUUGGUGAAACUGUCAGAAUCAAGCUGCUGUGGUUUCUGUCUUUGCAAAAAUGUGUAAAAGCAAAAGAGGGAACGGUGGACAGACAGACGGACAUCCACAGACUGCUGUCCAUCCUGAAUGCGCACAACUUGAAAACAUGACGUUUGAAACCCUCAGAUGCUGAAAAAUUUCCACAUUUCAGUGGGACUCACUACUAAAUUGUACUCGCAAGUCCGGGAAAUGUAGGCCAGGCCUGUAAGAUAUGCGCGCAUUCGCUGCUGUCUUUGUUUUUCCAGUGGUGGUGGUGAAUGUUGUAGAAGAAGAAAUGGGGACAAUACUGCCUAUACUGUAUGAGUGCCUAAUUUGCAUACAAGUUUUUAUUUUAGCAUUUUAGAAGUUAUUCAUGUGAUUUGCACAAAAGCAGUCGCAUUAACAUAGAGAAGAGCUUAUCGUCAUUCCGUUCUGUAACCAACACUACAUGGAAUAAAAAGAAAUUUCCCCGUCAUGCUCAACAUCUGCCAAAUGACCACAAGUAACAGAUGCCUCUCAGUUUUAAUGCUUUCAGUUUUUCCUGCUGCAGUGCAUGAAAUCAGAAAAACAAGCCUAAAAAGUACCAGGACGUUUUUGCAUUUUUAGGGCUGCAGUCCACUCACAUUUUUGUCAGUUGAAUCAAUUUGGCUUUUAACUUCACAAUUUGGUCAUUUGUUUAAUUUCAACACCAACCCAAGCCUAAUAAAUCAUGCAUGUCCCUUUUUUAAAGAUGCAUUUUGGGGUUUUUUUGCCUUUAUUUGAAGAAGACAGGACAGUGGAUGGAGAAGGAAAUCAAGAUGAAGAGUGGAGACUGAGUCAUUGUGUGUGCUCCCUUGUCAGUAUUUAUCAGAAGGUUAUUGUAUAAAACAUCACUCUCCUUUAGAGUAUGAAUGCAUUUUAUAUUCUGCAAUCAUAGCAGCUGACCAGUCUCUGUGAAGGCUUUUUAUCAGUUGUACUGUACUGCAAUUAUCGUCCUUGAGUGCAGGAUCAUAUAAGCAGCAAGCAGCUGCAGAAAAAAAAUAUUUUAACAAUGGCAGAAAAAGCUUAAUUUUAAACUCGAAAUGUCACUCCCCAAACAGCACAUGCACUAGAGGGCAGAGUCCUGCACAUUUCCAAUCUUGCAAACCCCCAUCCACUCAGAACCAAGACCAGCCACCUGCAAUUAUGAAUAGCAGGGCUCGACCCGACAUGACCAGUGAUAAAAACACAAUGUUUAGGCUACCAUUAAUAACUGAUGAGCUUAAUGCUUAAAUAUUAAAUAACUAUACAUACCAAUAGUUGUAUUUUUUAAGUUUUGGGAAUUUAGCUUUAAUGAAAGGAUCUAUUUAACCGUAAAACUGGUGCUUCACUGACACAAAACUUAACAUUGCAUGAAAAGAAUUGGUAGAGAUGAAUGCAGAGAAUGAGAUGGAGAUUGCACAUGAGUGCAUAAGCCUGUUUAUCAUAACCUGAUGUUUCUAAAUCAUUUAUAUGAAGUAGAAACGAGAGAACUCAAGCAACUUUGCAAAUUAUUGCAACAGCUGAACAACUUUCAGAAAAACUUGAAAAUAAAAGCAUUGGGUGAAAACAUGUCACAUCAGGUCUAAGUGAACUGAUGAUUGGAUACAUACACAGCGCAGCAGAGAGACCUGAUUGCAGUGCAGAAAAUCUUCUGCAUCUCUCAUUUUAUGAACAGAUGUUCAGCAGCUUCAAACUCAACUACAUUCAUUCAUGUUUUGAGAGUUCACUGAAAAAUAUGAGCGUGUUCACACACAGCACUGCCAUCCACCUACAUUUUGUUCAUUUUUACCCAUGCCUAUGUCUGUGAAAUUAUAUUUUCUAUCUGUAGCUGAACAUUUUUGCAGGUCACCCAUCAGGUACCCAUAGGUACCUGACCCAGUGAAGGACUCUACUAGAGGGACAUCCUUUCUCUUGUCCUCGUAUGGUGACUAUAUAAUAAAUACUGAUUGUCACAUAUUCCUGGGUGACUGUAAACACACUGUGGAUGCCCACCUCAUGUCAUCUCUGUGUGGGAAACACUGGAAAGGAGCCCUAGGCCGCCCACUUGGAAGAGUAGCUUCCAUUCAUAGCUUUUACAUGCACAAGCAAUCAUGUAGCACAAUCAUGGAACUAGUGCUGCACAAUUAUACUGGAAAACUGCAAUUUGACAUUACAACAAGGAUAUGAUACAAAAAUGUUGUUACUUGCUUGGUCACCAUGGAAAAUGCAGAAAAUAAUGUUGUAAAGUUUGUAUUUCUCAACUCAAAACAUACAAAUACUAAACGGCAUUAAAAAUACAAACCUGAAGUAUUUACAGUACUGCUUUCAAAAUAGCAAUAUUUUUCAACAAAAAAAAAUCAGUUUUCCCUUUUUUCCUAUUAUUAAUCAGUUGCCACUGGCCCAUAUGCAGCUGCUUUCCUUGCAUUUAUAAAGUUUUGCAGGUGGUUGUAAGAAAAAAAUACUCAUUAACAAUAAACCAUGAGAGAAUUCAAAGUUGGAAACAAUACCAAACGAAAACAGAAAAGCUAAGGCAGCUCGUCAUGCAGCCCUAUAUGUCAUUUCUCCUGACUCAAAACACUCAAAUCUUUCUGUUUAACUUUUUUAUUCAGUGUUUAUGUUUGGAAGAUAGAGGAUGCGACCUCUUUGUGGAGAAAAAAUAGAAAUAACGCAUUGUCAUUUUCGGUUUGCACUCCAUACUGUCCAACUUGUUGUGGCACCUGAUUUUCUCUGUCUGAAUGCUGCAGGUAAAAGAAUCUAAUGAAUAAGAUUCAACUGGAAAAAUGAGUGUUCACUGAGUCUCCUUUAACUCUACUAAUUUUAUUCUUUUUGCACUGAAAGCAUUUGGCACCCUUCAAGACACAUAUUAGGUUUUGCUGAGGGGAAAUUUUAAGCAAAAUCUCAUGUUUAUAGAAAGUCCAAAAUACUUCAUGUGUACUGGAAAAAUGGAAGUAGCAGUUUGAGAAAAUAAAAGAAAGAUUGCAGGACUUCAACAAAAGCAAGACAGUCAUCUGCAUAAAAGCGUACCUAUAGUAAGAGGUGAUCUUUUUAAACACAUUGCGGUCAAAAAUAUCCAACAUUUCCAACAUUUAUGACUGACUAUAUCUUGCAAACUGCUACAUAUGAUGAAAUACAGGCAGCAGCUUUGUAUGAGCAGAAAUGUGGAGUUCAGAUAGCACCAGUGGAAACUGGUUUAACCAUUAUACCAUGAGUCAUGUUUGCAGCAGUGUCCAACGAGUUAAAUUGAGCAGCUGAAGUGAGCUCUAGGGUUGAGUGUGUCAGUCCCAGCGUACUCUACUAUUUUCACAGUACUGAAGCAAGUUUUACCACUGUUAAAGAAUUACAACGCUUUUAUUUCAAUUGCUAGCUUGACGGUGGAUGGAGAUGGAGAGGCUGUGAUACCUGCGUACAUAACACUUGUGGAGCUAAUCAGCAAAGCUUCAAGAUUUUGCAUUUUUGCAAAAUCCACUAUGUUGUGUUUUUUUUAAUUUCUUAUUUGGAUAACAGGGAUACAUUUUCUUACACAUUUUAUUCUGAAAACCUUUUGCAGACAUCUUCCACUGGUUCAUCUUUAGAUAGAUGCACAACAAUGAGAAAAAAUGUCUAAAGACAAGUUCUGCAGCCUGUAACAUGGGGAAAUCCAAAUAAAGUCAGUAUCUCUUUGAAAA